GAGCUUUAUUGGAGGAGACAUGCUUGAAUCAAAAAUCCCUCCCGCAAAUGCUGUUAUGCUCAAGUGGAUAUUACACAAUUGGGAUGAUGAACAAAGCAUUAAGAUAUUGAAGAAGUGUAAAGAUGCAAUUCCAAGCAGAGCUGAAGGUGGAAAAUUGAUCAUCAUAGACAUGGUGUUGGACAACGAAGUAGAGGACAGGGAGUCCACUGAAACUCAACUGUUCUUUGAUGUUUUGAUGAUGUCCGAUCUAAACGGCAUGGAGAGAAACGAGAGAGAAUGGAAGAAUCUGUUUAUGGAAGCAGGUUUCAGUGAUUACACCAUAGUUUCUAAGUUGGGUUUAAGGUCACUUAUUGAGGUGUACCCUUAACUCAAAAGUGUUGUUAUUUGCUGCUUAAUUANGCU